AAAGAGAGAAAAAAAAAAGAAAAACUCUGGGGCUGCAGCAGUGGCGCUCGUCUCACUGUACUUCUCAUUUCACUUUGCGUUACCGGAUUCAACAGUAAGCUGGCGACGUAAUAAGUGUUUCCUUAUUCCACCGGACUUCUCAAAUACGGUACAUGCUACUGUAAAGACUCGGCACGAUCCAGGACACUCUCAACCUUCAGUAUGCAGCAGCAGCAGUCAGCAACGGAGGAGGGAACGGCGUACGAGCCCCCCACGUACGACGAGACAUUCCCAGAGCUUCCGGGCUCAGGAAGUAACUCAAUAACCCCAACCCUUCCCAAAAUGAAUGAUCGUAUGCGUGUGGGUUCGUCUCACGUGACGCAGGUGUUCCACGUGCCAAUGGAGGAGCGUAAAUUCGACCACAGCAAUAAAUUUGGCGAGGGUGAAUCAAUGCGAACGUGUCAAGCAAUAAUGAAAGAGACACACACGCACAUCGAGAUGUCAUCCUCCAAGAAUCAAGUAUUGACAUUUGUCCUGACGGGAAAGCAGAACGAAGUGCUGGACGCCAGGAGAAGAAUCCUCGCGACAUUCCAGACGCAGACCAACAAGCAGAUAAAUAUACCCAAGGAGCAUCACCGCUGGAUCCUGGGUAAACUGCGACAGCGUCUCAAUGAGCUGGAGAAAGCAACAGCCACUAAGAUAAAUAUACCAUCCGUAGACGUUCAGAGUGACAUUAUCACGAUAACUGGUACCAAAGAGGGAAUUGAAAAAGCAGAGCACGAGAUGCGAGUUAUAUCUGACGAGCAGUCACGCAAGGCCUUCGAGCGUGUCACUGUACCCAAGAUUUAUCAUCCAUUUAUCAGAGGUGCCCACGACGAAAAUCUCACCUCCAUGAUCUCGGAGACUGGAGCUAGAAUCAACAUUCCACCGCCAUCAGUGCAGAAUGACGAGAUCACGAUAGCUGGUGAGAAAGACGGUGUUAAUGUCGCCAAGAGAAUGAUCGAGGAGAUCUACAAGAAUAUGGAGAAGAGGUGCUCAUCGGUCUCCGUUGAGGUGCCCAAGAGCCAGCAUAAAUACGUCAUUGGCCACCGGAACAGCACUAUUGCUGAGAUACUCCAGCUCACUGGUGUAUCCGUUGAGAUGCCACCAGCAGACUCACCCACAGGGACAAUCACCCUCCGGGGACCGCAGGAGAAAUUGGGCCAGGCUCUUGAUAAAGUCUAUGAGAAAGCCAAUUCUGUUAGGACUGUGACGAUUGAGGCGCCUUCCUGGAUUCACAAGUACAUCAUUGGAAGAAAAGGAGAGAAUAUCAACAAAAUAACUCAGGAUUUGCCAAAAGUUAAUAUCGGAUUUACUGCUAAUGUCGAUAAAAUUAAAAUCGAGGGACCCCCCGAGGACGUUGAGAAGGCCAGGGAACACGUCGAGGCCCAUGUCCAAGAUCUCAUCAAUAAAUUGACUUUUGUCGAGCUGAAGGUCGAUCCCAGGUACUUCAAGCAUAUUAUUGGUAAGAAUGGGGCUAAUGUUAAUCGUCUCAAGGAGGAGAAUGACGUAGUGCUCAAUAUCUUCGAGGCUGAUGGACAGAAUAUGAUCAGGAUUGAGGGGAAGGAGUCAGGGGUGAGAGAGGCUGAGGCUCAGCUGACGGAGAUGGUGAAGAAGCUGGAGAAUGAGAAGGAGAAGGACGUGAUCAUCGAUCAGAGACAUUAUGCUAGUAUAAUUGGGAUGAAGGGGCUGACCAUUAAGGAGAUCAGGGAUAAAUUCAAUUACGUUCAGAUCACGAUUCCAGGGCCUGAGGAGGGGGACAUUGUGAAGAUUCGUGGACCCAAGUUGGAUGUGGACAGGUGCCACAAGUAUCUGAUGAAACUCGUGAAGAAGUUGGAUGAGAAUUGUCAUGUGAUUGAGCUUCCCAUCUUCAAGCAAUUGCAUAGAUUUGUGAUUGGAAAAGGAGGUGCCAACCUGAGGAGAAUAAAGGAAGAAACACAGACCAAGAUCGAUUUUCCUGCAGAGAUUGAUGACAACGACGUCAUCACCAUAACUGGAAAAAAGGAGAACGUAGAGCUAGCCAGGGAUAUGAUCCAGAAGAUUCAGAAUGAAUUAUCGAAUAUCGUUGAGGAGGAGGUGACUAUUUCCCCCAAGUACUACAACACAUUGAUUGGAACUGGUGGUAAAUUAAUUCACUCGAUAAUGGAGGACUGCGGGGGUGUGGCUAUUAAAUUUCCACCGGCUGACAGUAAGAGUGACAAGGUCACCAUAAGAGGGCUCAAGGAGGACGUCGAGAAGGCGAAGCAACAACUCCUCGAGCAGAUCCAUGAGAAAGAGCUGUCGAGUUUCUCUGAUGUUGUCAGGGCGAAUCCAGUGUAUCAUAAAUUUAUUAUUGGCAGACAGGGAGCGAAUGUGAAGAAAAUUCGAGAGUCCACUGGGGCGAGGGUGAUUUUCCCUACUGAUAAGGACGAGGACUCGGAGACUAUCACGAUUAUUGGGAAGAAGGAGGCUGUGGAGAAGGCUAAGGAGAAACUAGAGACGAUUAUCAGGGAGAUUGAUAAUAUCGUUGAGGAUGAGAUGCAGAUUGAUCCUAAGCAUCACAGGCAUUUUGUUGCCAGGAGGGGAGGUGUCUUGUACAGAAUUGCUGAUGAUUGUGGUGGAGUGCAGAUAUCAUUUCCCAGGGCUGGGGUUGAGUCUGAUCGAGUUAUUCUCAAGGGUGCCAAGGAGUGCAUCGAGGCUGCCAAGCAGAGGAUGAAAGAAAUUGUUCAGGAGUUGGAGUCAAUGGUGACUGUCGAGUGUAUUAUUCCUCAGGUGCAUCAUCGCACUGUCAUGGGGGCCAAGGGGUGCAAAGUCCAGACGAUAACUUCAGAGUUCGAUGUUCAGAUAAAAUUCCCCGAGAGGGAGAUGCACAGGGAGGAGCAGGAGGAGCAUCAGGUUAAUGGUGAGGGUGGAGAGAAUGGUGAAGUCAAGGAGACACCUGCUUGUGACAUUAUCAGGAUCAGAGGACAACCCAAAAAUGUUGAGAGUGCGAAGAACGCUCUUCUUGAUCUUGUACCUGUUACUGUCGAGGUGCCUGUGCCCUUCGAUCUUCAUAGAUUGAUUAUUGGAAAGUCUGGUAGGGAUGUCAGGGUUCUUAUGUCUAAGUACGAUGUCCAUAUUAUUUUGUCCUCUGCUGAAGAGAAGCUGGACUUCAUUAAAAUCAUUGGUACACCUGUCAACGCCCAGGAGGCUAAGGAGGCCAUCUUGGAAAGGGUCAAUGAUCUAGAGGCCAAGAAACAGGAGAGGGUCCUCAAGUCUUAUGAAGUUAAGAUUGAAAUUGAUCCGGAGUAUCAUCCCAAGAUCAUUGGACGUGGGGGAGCUGUCAUCAAGAGAAUCAGGACUGAUCACGAUGUGCAGGUUAAUUUCCCCAGGAAGGGCGAUCCUGAUGAACACAUUAUCACUAUUACUGGGUUUGAGAAGAAUGCCCAUGAGGCCAAGGAUGAAAUCAUGAAGAUUGUUAAUGCAUUGAAUGAACUUAAUAAGGAGGAGAUUUUUAUUGAUUCUGCUGUUCACGCCAGGCUCAUUGGGGCAAGGGGGAAGAAUAUCAAGAGGAUCAUGGAUGAGUACAAGGUGGAGAUCAAGUUCCCCAGGAGGAGGGACGAGGAUCUUGAUCUUGUCACUAUCAUUGGACCUGAGGAGAACGUCGUAGAGGCUAAGGAACAUUUGCUCACACUUGCACAUGAAUACCUUCAAGACCUUGAGGAGUGGCAGAUGCGCCACUCGCUGACUCGCGGCAACAAACGGGAAUCGGAACGUCCACGUGGCAGUGAAUCAGACUCUGGUUUUGUGGUGAAGGGUGCACCCUGGGAGCAGAAUCCCCCCAAGAGUGCCCCUGAUACAGCCAGUGUUGCUGAUUUCCCGACAUUCGUUGGUCACGACUCCAAUCAGGUGCCAGUCUCUGCACCUGAGGGCCCCUGGGGCAAACGUUAAUCUCGAUUAAGAAAGAAAAACAAAAG